UGUGUGUGAGAGAGAGAGAGAGAGUGCGUAAGAGAGAGAGAGAGAGAGAGAGAGAGAGGUUUCGCAUCUGUUGUUUCAGUGACGCACGAAUCAAGUGGCAUUUAUUUUAACGGGCGGAGCUGUCCAUGGUGCUGAUAUUCCGCUCUCGAGUUCACGGUGCAACACAGAGAUCAACACAGCGAGAGCGACGCGCAGCGCACUCGCGACUCUCCGUUAAAACAGACCGAAAGCAAAAGGUAAAUCAUGCCUUCACCAUCUAGAUGCUGUGUGACAUGGGUGUCCAUCCUUCCCUCCCUCCUCCUUCUACUUCCCUUUUUCCUCUCUUUCGUUUUUGGAGUUCAAGGGGCAACAUUAAGAGAGUAUCUCCUAAGUGGGAGUGAACCCGCCUCCUAUGGAUCUAUGUCCCAACUUCACCCUUCUCCAAGUGCAGAGAUGCUCAGAGCUCUACGCUACAUCCAAAGCCUUAGCCAGCGAACCCCACCCAAACCCCUCGCCGAUGAUCAACAGCCAACCACCGCAGACCAUGAAUCAGAUGAAAUGGAGAGCAUCCGUUCAAUGCUACAACUGGCAUCCCCUGCCUGGAGUUCCACAGGAAUGGAUAGAGGCAUGGACGAGAAAGAGGAAGACAAGAAGGAGGACAAUACUCAAGAGUGGCUCCAAGCGGUGCUUACAGCACUGAAAGAGACUGAAGAGCAGUCCCCCCAAAAGUCAUCCCAGAAAGUCAUUACGCAUGCCUCAUCACGGUCACGCCCUCGCUAUGCCAUCCACUCUCUUCCAAGACCAAAACAACAAUUAGAGGUGGACACCUCUGUAGAGAAUUAUGGGAGGAACUCAUUUGCCAAUCCUGGCAGCCGGAGACCACACAGGCAGUACUCACUCAUGUUUGAGGAUGCGGGCCAAGAACAGCCGCUCAAAAGGACCAAUGAGAAUGCAGAAGAACAGUACACACCCCAGAAACUAGCCACCCUUCAAUCGGUGUUUGAGGAACUGAGUGGAAUGUCUGCUUCCAAGGCUGCUUCCAAGGCCAACAGCAAGCGGGAAAGUGCUGAGGCCAACACUGCUGAUGACGAUGAAGACGAUGAUGAUGACUUGUACAGGCAGAGGAAAAUGGCCUUGGAGGAUUUCAUGGGAACAGAUGAAUUGGCACCUCUAGAAGAACAAUUAGAGACUGAAGAACGUGAGAGGCACGGGUUUACUCGCAACCUUGAGGACGAUGAUCAGGAGGAGGAAGAUGAUGAUGUCAAAAGAUCUAACCAAUCUGAUUGGUUUCAGACAGAACAAGAGGACCCUGAAGACAUUGCAAAGCUUGUGGACUCCUAUCUAUUGAAAGUUCUAGAAAAGAAAGAGCAGGAGGAACAGAAAAGGGAAGAGACAAACAAGAGGGAACAACAGGAAGAAAGUGACAGGGAGGUGGAGAAAAAAGAUGCCAAUGAAGAAGAGGAGAGGGAUGAAGACGAGAGCGACAUUAAUCCCAUGCACAGUACAUUUCCCCAGUCUCUCUCUCAGCUAAUCAGAAUCUCGCAAAAGCUCCAAAUCACACCGGAGGAAGUCCUAGACCUUUUUCAAAACGAGAAGCCAAAAGAUUUCUUCAGAAUACCUUUAGAGUCACGGACACCCCCACGCACCUACACCACCACUCACGAUGACAUGAUUGCUGCAGUACCACACAGACGACCUCUCAAGACAUCGGAGAGCAACAGCGUUGCACAAGACAUCUUGAAAAUGCUUGAGCUGGCGAGUGCAGCGCUGCAAAACGACAAACUCCAGCAAAGACCAAUGCAACCGAAAACAUUGCAUUAUUAUGAGAAGGAACGAGAUCUCCCGGAGUAUGUGUUCCCAGAAACGAGCAGGGAUGAUUAUGACGACACCGUGGGCGAAGAAGACGAACUCGCCAAUUACUUGGCCUCGGAGAUGUUUGCGAAAGGACCGAGGCGCGAGCGUCUGAUGCCCUCAAUUGACGAGGAACUAUCAAUGUAUGGAAAGCUUGAACGUGCUGCCCAGGACUACUUUGAUAAAAGCGUUCCUGAAAAGAGACCGGUGGAGCAUGAGGGAGCGGCCACAGGCAUAAAUGAUGACACAAUGCUUAAAAUUCUGAGGUACCUUGACCCGGAAAGCGACAAUGACAACAAAACGGACUCUGAGGGAGAAACUGUUCCUAAAUAUGUAGACAUGUAGAUACAGAUUAUAAUCAUUGUUUGAAGUUUGAAUUGUCAUAUAAUAAAGUAUUUUGAAAGAAAAUAUAUAUUCAGCAAUUGCGUUAGUCAAUGUAGUGCUACACAUUUUCUCUUUGUAUCCUCUAGAGCAGAAAAAAAAGCAUUUUAGUAAACCCAAAUAAUUUUCAGUAGCGAUACGAAUAGCUUAAAUAGUAGCCAGCUUUACCUUUUAAAACAUGUGAACAAACACAGAUUCUUUCUCUAAUACGGUACGUGUCCACUGGUACAAGCUGAGCGGAGCUUAGCAGUCAUUUUCAAUUAAUCUCAAAGAGAACUGAGUGAUAUGCUUGCACGAGGGAUUGUGGAAUUAGCAGCAAACCAGAGUCAGUGUUGAGAAAUUUAGAAAUAUGUAUGAUAUAAUAUAGGAAAACUAUAGGAUAUAGUAUAGUAAUAUUGGAGAAGAGGAAUAUGCAUACUUCCCUCCUAUAUUGUAUGCCAAAAGCAGUGUCAAUGGAAUACGGUGUCCGAAUUCUCAUUCAAAAAACACUAGGCGAGAAAUACUCAGAUGACAUGCUAUAUCAGGAGAGAUCCUGAAGUGCUCUGCUAAGUUUGGAAUGUCAUAUUAACAUACUACUCUCACGUUUUACCAUACUACUCUCACUAUUUACCAUACUACUCUUACAUACUACUCUCACUAUUUACCAUACUACUCUAACAUACUACUCUCACUAUUUAUCAUACUACUCUCACUAUUUACCAUACUACUCUAACAUACUACUCUCACUAUUUACCAUACUACUCUAACAUACUACUCUCACUAUUUACCAUACUACUCUAACAUACUACUCUCACUAUUUACCAUACUACUCUAACAUACUACUCUCACUAUUUGCCAUACUACUCUAACAUACUACUCUCACUAUUUGCCAUACUACUCUAACAUACUACUCUCACUAUUUGCCAUACUACUCUAACAUACUACUCUCACUAUUUAC